GUCAGACUAUUCCCAGAAGAAGAAACGAAAGUGAUGCACAGAUAUAAAGAAAUGUUCAACGUUGCUGGUAAUAAGAGAAAUGUAAAGUUAAAGCAACAUUACCAAAGAUUUAAAAAAUAAAACACAAUAGUUGUGAGGCUAUUGUAAAAAAAAAAAAAAAUAGGCAUUCUUAUUAUUAAUGGCUGUGAAAACCAGUUUAAUCCUUUGGGAAAGCAUUUUUACCAUCUGUAACAGGAGCCUUAAAAAAUUUUAUGUCCCUUGACAGUGAUUUUGAUUCUUGGAAAUUUAUUCUAAGGAUAAAAUACUAAGAAAAGAGCAGCGCCUGGGUGGCUCAGUCAGUUAAGUGGAUGACUGGAUUUUGGCUUAGGUCAUGAUCUCACGGUUGUAAGGUUGAGUCCUGCAUUGGGCUUAGGCGCUGGGCGUGGAGCCUGCUUAAGAUUCUCUCUCUCCCUCUCCCUCUCCCCUGCCCCCAUCUCUUAAAAAAAAAAAAAGAAAACUAAGAAAAGAGAAAGUGAUAGAAAACAAAAAAGAUAUUUAUAUAGCUUUAUUUAUGAUAGUAAGACAUUAGGAAUAGCUUAAAUGUCUAAUAAUAGAAAAAGUUGAGUAAAUUGUGGCUCAUAAUAUUAGAAUAUUAUGCAGUUGGUUAUGUUUUUUGCUCUACCACUUUAGUAUCUGUAUGACCUCAGAUGUGUUACUUAACCUUUAAACUUCAAUUUUUUUGUUGGUAAAUGGGAAUAAUCUCUGAAGUUACUCCUAGUAUUAAGUACUUAAUACUGUCUAGAAUGGUGCCUGGUAAAUAACAAACAUUCGGUAAAUUUUAAUGGUUAGGUUUACAGUAAUUUAUGAAAAGUACAGUGCAAAAAUAGGAAACAGAACUCUGUGGUAUGACAGAAAAACCUAAAAACAGAAAAUCCAUUAAAAAAAACUGCAUAAGGAAAAAAUACUGGAACUACACCAAAAUAUUAAUAUGGUUGUCUGUAGAUGAAGUAGUUUUUCUUCUAAUAUGCUUUUCUGUAUUUUCUAGAUUUUCUAUAAUCAACAUAUAAAAAUGAAAAAAAAACUUCAUUUACAAAAUUAAGUUGAAGAUUGCACAACCCUUUGGAUAUACUAAACAUAUUAAACUGUACCCUUAAAAUGGGUGAAUUGUAUGGUAUGUGAUAUCAAUAAAGCUGUUUUUUAAAAAGAAAAAAAAUAAGUUGAAAACCCUGAGGACUCAACAGCGUAUUUGAGAUAACUAGAAAAUAGUUAUUUCAGUAUCAAAUUGUGUUCAAAUGUAACUAUUUUGCUUAAGUUCAUGUGUUUUUAGACACAUUAUUUAAUUAUUUUAAAACUUUCUCUUUGACCCACAUUUUUAAAUGGCUGCAGGAAGCCCAAGGACCAAAUGCUAGAAGGUCCAGCUUAAAAAACGUGUCUGACCUUUUUGUGAUGGGAGGAGCUCUUGUUUUAGAAUCUGCAGCUCUCUUGCACUGGCUAGAGAGAGAGGGUUAUGGACCUCUAGGAAUGACCGGAAUAUCCAUGGGAGGACAUAUGGCUUCCUUAGCAGUAUCCAACUGGCCUAAGCCCAUGCCAUUGAUUCCAUGUCUGUCUUGGUCCACAGCAUCUGGGGUCUUCACUACGGGUGUGCUAAGUAAAUCGAUUAAUUGGAGGGAGCUAGAAAAGCAGUAUUACACACAGACAGUUUAUGAAGAAGAAAUUAUUCACAUGCUUGAAUACUGUGGAACAGAUUCUUUCAAAAUGGGACAAGAGUUUGUGAAACGCUUCCCUAUCAGUGCAGACAAGCUAACUAACCUUAAUGUGGUUUCUAGAACUUUAAAUUUAGAUAUGACAGGCCAAGUUGUAUCCCAAAAACCUAGUGAGUGCCAUAAAUCUAGUAAACCAUCCAUCAGUGCCACAUCAGAAAGACUCUUGUUGCAAGAUACCUCUAAGAUGCAGUGCUUCAAUCAAACGCUUUCAACCAACAAAAGUAAUUAUACAAGUUGCAAUCCUCAGUCAUAUCACCUACUCAGUAAAGAACAAAGAAGAAACAAUCUUCAGAAAGAGUCUUUAAUAUUCAUGAAAGGAGUCAUGGAUGAAUGUACUCAUGUGGCAAAUUUCUCAGUUCCAGUUGACCCAAGUCUCAUUAUAGUGGUUCAAGCCAAAGAAGAUGCUUAUAUUCCACGAACAGGAGUUAGAAGUUUACAAGAAAUUUGGCCUGGUUGUGAAAUCCGUUAUCUAGAAGGGGGUCAUAUUAGUGCUUAUCUUUUUAAACAAGGACUCUUCAGACAAGCCAUCUAUGAUGCAUUUGAACGCUUCCUCCAUAAAUACGCUAACUAAUUGGAUCACUGUAUGUAACCAGUAUGGCCAUCAUGUUUCUUACAAAAGGAGUUUUUCAUCCUUUGAUGAUAAGAAGAACAAGCAGACAGCACUAUAUAUAUAACUAACUGCUAUCAAUUUAGUCUGGAAUUCAUUGUUAUGAUCAGUCAACAAUGAUCUUUAAAUACAUGUGAAUAAUUUUAAACCAAUAUUUGGAUGAAAUAAUGUUGAAGUAUUUUGUUAUUGUUUUGUGGGAAUCCCAUAUACACAAUAUCCAGUCUGUUGUUACUAUUUAUGAAAACUAAAUUUUUAAUCGUGAAUAAUUUAUUAAUUAAAAUACAUUUAUUCAUAGAAACCUUAUUGGUUUUUAAAGAACUGCUAAAUCAAGCUAAGUUUGUAAUACAUCAGCAUGUAUUGUAUACCCUUGUAUGAUAGUUUUACUAUUGACUUGAUUUGAGAACAUGUUUCUUUCUUAUCUUCAACUUUAAUUUCUGCAAUGGCAAUACUUUUUUUUUUUUAAGAUUUUAUUUAUUUGACAGAGAGAGACACAGCGAGAGAGGGAACACGAGCAGGGGGAGUGGGAGAGGCUUCCUGCUGAGCAGGGAGCCCAAUGUGGGGCUCGAUCGCAGGACCCUGGGAUCAUGACCUGAGCCAAAGGCAGGCGCUUAACGACUGAGCCACCCAGGUGCCCCUGCCAUGGCAGUACUUAAUGAUGUGUAAGAUCAGUGUUAAGUUUGAAUUCUAAAAAUAUCCUGAUUGCUUCCUACUUAAGUAGCUUUAAUAAUUAAAACAAAUGUGGGAAUGCAGAUAAGAUGCAUAUGACUUGGCUGAACUUUAAAACUUUGCCAAAUACGAGGUUAGAAAAUGAUGCCAAACAUAUUUCCCCUACUUAAGAAGUUUCAAUUCAUGAAAUAUGGAAAUAAUGAAAGACCUAUUACAUUACUUGAUACUGUGUCUUAACAUUUCCUUAUAUACCUACUCUGGGUUUGCUAAACAUCUAACUUUAGUUAGAUAUACUUAAUAGCUUUGGCUUUUUAAUUUCAGAAAUUAAAUAUGAAAUUGAUUUGUUCCAUAUAACUUCAUUUUACAGAAAAGAUAUAAUAACUACUAACUUUUUUAAAUGGAAGAUUAUAUGGUUAGAUUUGGUGCUUUUUAUGUUAAACUUCUCAAGCUAAGAUCUAAAAUGUUUGAAAAAAGUAGAAAAUAUUUUUGGGAAUUGUAUCAAGGUUUGGAAUAAAUGUAUUUGAGUUUUAUUUGUUUGAAAUCUGUGUUGUCUAUGGAUUAUUUUAAAAAUAUGUAUUCCUGAUCUAGCAAGGAUAUUUGAAUUAUGUGCCUUCAUAGCUUUUUAAAAGAUUUUAUUUAUCACUCUAAUGUCUCCAUCACUUUAACUUUUUAAAAAUUAUUUCAAAGUCACUAAUGUGAAAUCAUUGAUGGUAUACAAAAUUGUAAAUUCUGUAAAACUGCUUUGGCAUAGCAAACCAUACCUAUUUGGUUACAGCCAUUUGGCCUAUAGCAAUUUUAUAUCUUUAGACUAGAACCUUUACUUUUAACUGAAAGUAUAAAAUGUACUAAAAUUCUUAAACAAAAUACCCUUUAAAGAUAAAGUAAGAUUUAUUGUCAAAUGAAUUACAAGUAUUUUCUUAGUAUGUAGUGAGGCAAUAUGAUUGAAUGUUUUCUGAAUUAUACCUUAGUAAAACCAAUAUUUAUUUUUUACCUAAAUAUUUCUUACUAAGCAAUAAUGUACUGUGGUGUAUGACUUUCUGUUGGUAAAAGAAUGAAAUUUCAUUUCAUUUUAAUUAACUUUUAGUCAUAACUCAUUUUUUCCAAAUGUGAAAGGAAGUAUUUUAAAAAUUUCAUCUCUUAACCAGAUGUUUUUAAGAAUAUUAUCCACGCAACUUCCUAAAUUGAUUAAUUCAAGGUGCAAAAUACCUUUUCUUAAAGUUUUUAUAUCCACUUAUCCCAAAAUAGUGACUCACACUUUCUAUAUAUAUAUGUAUAUAUACACAUAUAUAUAAUGUUAUGUGUAUAUAUAUAUAAUGUGUAAGGU